CGGAAGUCUGGAGUUAAAAGCCGACGUUUGGAAUUAAAAAAAUUGUUUAUUUUUGGUAAAGCUCGAUCCGGGCGGCCUCGGUAAAGACCAGGAGAGUAGUGGUUCCCCUAUUGGGUGGGAAGGAGCUGGAUCGUGGGGGCAAGUAGACGAGAAGGGUUUUUUUUAAGGGGGGGGACUUUUGUAAAUAAACCGGUUAGCCGGGGGCCCGGGCGUGUGGUCCAAUCAGGUGCGAGGAUGUUGGCAGAUGUUCUCGAACAACGAUGAAGCUGUGAUAAACAAGAAACUCCCAAAGGAACUGCUUCUCCGAAUAUUCUCCUUUUUGGAUGUGGUCACUUUGUGUCGCUGUGCUCAAGUUUCCAGGUACUGGAAUGUCCUGGCACUGGAUGGUAGUAACUGGCAGAGAAUCGACUUGUUUGACUUCCAAAGAGAUAUAGAGGGCCGAGUGGUAGAAAAUAUUUCCAAAAGAUGUGGUGGGUUUUUACGGAAGCUUAGUCUGCGAGGAUGUCUUGGAGUGGGUGACAACUCUUUAAGGACAUUUGCUCAGAACUGCAAGAAUAUUGAACAGUUAAAUCUGAAUGGAUGCACAAAAAUCACAGAUGCAACCUGUACUAGUCUAAGUAAAUUCUGCUCCAAGCUAAGAAGUCUAGACCUAGCUUCAUGCACAUCUAUCACAAACCUUUCUUUGAAAGCUCUGAGUGAGGGAUGUCCACUUCUAGAACAACUGAAUAUAUCUUGGUGUGACCAGGUAACAAAGGAUGGGAUACAGGCACUAGUGAGAGGCUGCGGUGGAUUGAAGGCUCUGUUUCUUAAAGGAUGUACACAGCUAGAAGAUGAAGCUUUGAAAUACAUUGGUGCCCACUGUCCUGAGCUGGUCACACUGAACCUUCAAACUUGCUCCCAAAUCACAGAUGAGGGACUGAUUACAAUUUGCAGAGGAUGUCAUAAACUUCAGUCGCUCUGUGUCUCUGGCUGCAGUAACAUCACUGAUGCUAUUUUGAAUGCACUGGGACAGAAUUGCAUUCGCCUUAGGAUAUUAGAGAUUGCUAGAUGUUCACAGUUAACAGAUGUGGGAUUUACAACAUUAGCUCGGAAUUGCCACGAACUUGAGAAGAUGGAUCUGGAAGAGUGUGUUCAGAUUACAGACAAUACUUUAAUUCAGCUUUCCAUCUACUGCCCUCGGCUUCAAGUAUUGAGUUUAUCACACUGUGAAUUGAUCACUGAUGACGGAAUUCGCCAUCUUGGGAAUGGGGCCUGUGCUCAUGAUCGAUUGGAAGUGAUUGAGUUAGAUAACUGCCCGCUGAUCACUGAUGCGUCACUUGAACAUCUAAAGAACUGUCACAGUCUUGAGAGAAUAGAGCUGUAUGACUGUCAACAGAUAACACGUGCUGGGAUCAAGAGACUUCGGACGCACCUACCAAACAUCAAAGUCCAUGCUUACUUCGCCCCGGUGACCCCUCCUGCAUCAGUGAGCGGUGGUCGGCAGCGUUUCUGCAAGUGCUGCAUCGUUCUAUGACACCUACUUUACUUUUUGCAAAUCUAUUUAAAUAGCAUUAGAAUGGAGACAAUUGAAUGCAUCAUCAGUGGUGAUCCUGCUGGACUGUCGGGCUGUACAGUAAGGACUGUCCAAUCACUGUGUGGCUAUGACGGAUCACAUGGUUACGAGGCAGCGUGGGUGAUUCCCAUGUCAGUGGGUGCAGCCACAUACUAGUUCUGUCACUGUAUGAUUCAAUUCAGAGAUUUCCCAAAAAUAUGGGUAAUUUAUUUUUUUUAAAAUCAAUGUUGGAUUGAAAAAAAAAUUGGUUUUCAUGUAUUGCAGUGGGGGAAAAUCUUUAACCUGUUUCCUAAUGAGAUAAAUCAAGUUGGCAGCACAAGAGUGCUGGUGGCACAACCAAGUUUUAAACUGCAUCCUAACCCUUUUGCUCACUCAUGCCACUUUGCAUGGUAAAGGGGGAGAUUUAUAUAAUUGAAUUCUUGGCUGUGAAAUUUUGUACUGAGUUUUAUUUUGUCGGUCCAAACAUACAGUAGAUCCUGCUAUUACUUGAGGAAAGGAGGUUAUUGGAUGCUGCUUCUAAAAGUGCACCUCUCAAGUUUCUGUAGUUGUCUUCAUCCAUGUCCUGUCCUUUUAGCUUCUUUACCAUUCUGAACUUUUUUAAAAAAAAAAAAAAUCUCCUUGACUCUCCCUGCCUGACUAUGUUGAAAUCUUCCUUGGCGCAUGGCAGUUUUAUGUACCAUGAGCAAGCAGCUAGCGUAAAAACUGAGAACCGUGACCCAUGAGUUUUGGUGAGCUGUUUAAAUAUGCCUGUGCUGUUAGCAGAUGGGUUCAGUUCAGACACAAACCUCUGUUGUCAUUUUGUAAUGUAACCCAGGUUGCUGGGUAGAAAUACAGGUCAGGAACCUGAGUUGAAAUUUAUUUUCAGUGACCUUGGCUGGUGAAAGCUAAAAUAUUUCAUUCAUCCCCCUGACUGAAACCAGCAAAUUCAACCCAGAUUUUUUUUUAUAUGACUUAGCUGCUAGCUAAAUGGUUCUCUUUAUUACUAAGUAUUUAAAAAGGACAAUUUUUUUCUAUAAUUUGAAGAAUGUAGAACAAAUGUUCUAGCAGUUAUUCAGUGACAUCUGUUUUGUACUAUAUUACCCCACAUUGACACUCCCAAGUUUAUGGUUCCUGUCUCCAGUUUAAAACACUGCUGAGUCACACCAGCAUGUGUAAGUUGUUCUUCCAUAUUCAUGGGAUUUAAAACUUGCAUUAAAGCACAUCUCUUGAUGUCAGGCUUGGAUCUAAAUACAGAUAACUCUUAACAUCUUCAUUGCACAGUUUAAUUUUAAGUUUUUCAUUUUGAUUUGAGGGGAGUGAAAGCAUGCAUCAUGUCCUGUGUUUUUGCUGAGCAUAUAGAAACUUGGUUGAAUCUAGAAGAUCAGUGAUACAUUUCUAAGCUGUUUGUUGGGAUCAUAACAAUACCAAUUCCAGGAUGUAUGUAUCUACUGAAAUGAUUGGUAUUCACACUGUUACAGGUGCUCCCUGUGCAAUUUAAUUUGUAAAAGGUAGUUUUGGAGGCAACUAGUGUCAAUGUCUGUUUCCUAUUUCACGGCCUAUUCUGUUCACAGUACAGACUUGCUGAUGAAGCAUUGUUGAGAUAAACCCCAGGUAUAUAAAUGCCUCAAUCUUUAUUUUUCCAAAGCCCAGCCCUUGGUAUCUCCCACUUCUUGAGUAAGUUGUAUUGCUGGUAAUUGGUAAUACUUUCAGGCUGCCUUUACAAUAAAGGAAGUGGGAUGUGCUAAGAGCUAGGUUUUGGAGAAAUAAAGACUGGAGCUGUUGCUGUAUUUGCGGUUUGUCUCAGCACUGUUUUUAGUCUGUACAGUGGUGAACAGAAAGGACCAUGGAACAUGAGAAAAGAAACAACACAUUUGCUGGAGAAACUCAGCAGAUCUGUGGAGACGAAUCAGAUAAUGUUUUGAACCCAGUAAUCAUUGGAACAUUAGUUGGACAUCGAGCCCAGUCCCUCCAGCAAUAUACCCUUUACAAAUCAAUUGUAUGUGGAGCAUCUAGCAGCAGUCUAAAUAACAAUUAUUGCAGUAAAUACAUACUUCCUGGCAUUUGUACUGUUAUGACCCUAACUGGUGGCCGUACUGGACAAGUUAAAUCCCUCAGUAAAUCCUGGAUUGAUAGACUGUAAGCUUAUUCUUUUUUUAUUUACUGUGGUGGUCAGUCAUCUAAAUAUGAUUAGCGGGAUGCUGCCGGUGUAUGCUUGACAAAAGAACAGAAGUUUAUUAGGGGGAUAAAACCCUAGCAAUUAAGAGAAUUACAGGAAUAAUCUCAUUGCAGAAGAAAUAGUCAUCUCUCUUAACCCAGCAGUACGCUUGCAGAUUCUGAAAUGUCAGCUAAGGUUCACCUCAAUCCCUGUAUUAAGGUUGUUGCUCAACUGGUAUGGCUAUAAUCUACUUUCAAAUUUCUGUGCAUUGAUGCAAGUUUUUUUUUUUCCCUUAACUCAUGUCUUUGACAGACUUGUAGGAUGACUUUUUCUCCUCUGGAGCUUUCUUUGACUUCUAAGCAACUCGGGACAUCUCCCUAGCCCUGACCAAUUGGUGACUGCUAAUAUCAGCAACUUUGCUGUUGGGGACCUCUUCCUCUGCAUGAAUCUGCUUCCAGCCUGUUCUCCACUGUCUCAAAUGUCCCCUUGUCCUCUUGAUUGUACUUGCUUUCCCCAGGCAAGUUGCUGGUCAUAGCUGAAAUUGUGACUUCGAAAGGCUGUUUUGAACUUGGGUCAAAAUGUACUUUGAACACUAUCAAAAAAGUCAGAAAAUGAGGUCAGAUCUUCACAGCACUGAAAACUUUUAAAAUUUAUUUUCCUCUACUUUAGACCCCAAUUUCUUAAUAUAUUGUGACCCUUACAGCAGCAUGUAAGAUGAAAAUAAUGGUAAAAUGAUAGUUAAGAAAAUUUGUAUAUGUUUAAGUUUAUUUAUUUCCCUCUUUGCUAGUCACUUUUUAGAACACUAUAUUUAUAGUACAGAACUAAUCAUUUUUUUCUACCAAUUCACACCCAUUUAUGGCAUACGUUUAUUUUGGGGUGCUCCCAAAUGGCUGUUAUAACUUCUAGUGAGAGAUCCCUUUUCUCAUGUUUACACUGAAACCUAUGUCUAGAGUUUUCACGUGGUUUUUCCACCAGAGUUAGUAGUGUUCAAGAGGGAGUCAAAUUCCUGUUGGAGCCCAUUUUCCCAAGUUCAUAGUCUGGCUAUGGAUUGCUUUUCUGCAUGACCUUGAUCGCUGGUGGUUUUGAUGAAGUUUAAAUUCACUUGUUUUUCUUUCUUUGUGGUCGCUGAACUUGCCAGUUUUUGUUUUGUAUGUUUUUCUUCCUCCUUAUUCUAAAUAUUGCCUAACAGGAAUGCCUUUGUACUAAGUCCUUUCAGCAAAUGCUGCUUGUUUUUACAGGUGACUUGAAUGCCAUGUUCAUAAUAUGUCACUAGGAUAUAUCUUAAAUGUCAGAUGUCCUGCAUUGACUUGGUAUCAGUGCUGUGCCAUCCAUUUAAUUCACCACUUCCUACAGUGAAGAUAAGCUCCAAAGUCUUUAGUUGGUGACUUAGGAGUUAUGAGAAAUAUGGCUGUCUGUAAUACCCAAGCACUUCUGAUUUGGGUUUCACAGGCACGAUGCAAGGUUCAAAUUCUCAAACAUACAAAUUUUUGCUUGGCCCUUCAGUUCAGUAUUUCUAAUUUAAAACCUGAUCCUGUGUAAGUAAUGUCCUUGUGGGUUGUCUGUCGGUCUACCAUCAGCACAUUGAUGUUUCACUGUAGUAAGUGCUCGAUGCCGACAGAAGUUACAUGGCACAUUAUUUUCCUUGUUGCUGUCUAGACCUCUUAAAGGCAUCACCAGCGCCGCCACUGGCAUCGAUAGCUGUUUGCGGGGCUCCCAAUUUUCUUCUGCUAUGGUAACAUUCCAGGGCCAAACAUUUGGAAAAUUGAUAUAGUUUGAUCCGUCAACAGCCAUUGUCAUGAACUUAAGACUGGUUUUGUUAGAUACUUCCUGCAUUUAUAUUUUAUUGGCAAAAUAUUCAGCAUCACGUGCAUGAUUUAAUGUCCCAUUCCCAUUUGAAAAUCCUCUACUGUGCUGGAUGCCAUACCAUCUGAACAGAUCCCCAAAGAUUAAAGUAGGAGGAUUGAUCUUAUGCAAUGGUGAAACAAGUUCGAGACUGAUUUAACCUAUUUCUAUGCAUCUUUUGAGAUUCAAUUCAGUUUCUUAGUCACCAAUCUAGUCCAUCUGACAUCCAUAAUAAUCCAAAUUUGGUUUUCAAAUAGUGCCCAUGCAGAAACAGGGAAGGGAAUUUGAUUGUACUUCUGGAUGGAUAAAUUUAAACUGAUUGGCCUGUCUUUCCCCAGAAUUAUUCUGAAAUAACAUCAUGAUAAAACAGCUUGGUGGUGAUUGGAAGACUAGCUGUUCCACUUGCAAUUUUGGCUUGUGCUUGGUGGGUACAUGUAGCAGUUGCUAACUCCUGGAUAGCUCAUCAUUAAAAAUAUUGUGGCCCAAGAAUUCAAGAGCACUGGCUAUUACUGAAGCAGGAUUUUUUCUCCAGUGUCCCAAAACAGCAGAUAGUGAAUUUCCCCUGAAGCACUCUGUGAUGAAUCAACUUUUUGAGCAAUAGGCCAAGAGCACUAUGUAGAUCUAGCAAGCAGCAGUCACAUAUUUAAAAGACAAUACCACAAAGAUUAAUCUUGGCCAAUACCUGCAGUUAAAGCCCCACUGUGCAUGAAUGUUUAAAGUCUGGUUGAACUUGGCUAGAAAUUAUGAACUUUUGUUAUAAGACAUUCCUGAUGAAUACAGGAAUAGAUAUUGCUGAUUAUUAAAGUGAUAGGUGGAGUCACUAUUGCAACAUAAUGUGUGGACGGAUUCAAAAAUGAAAUAAACAGCAAAAAAACUCUUUGCUGGAAAUUUUGAAACACUGAUGCUCUCACUGUGAGUGGGACAAAGUGCCCUCACUCCUCAUCAACAUAAUGCCCAUACAGCAGACCUAAUGAGGAACCUAUACUGCUAUUCUGAGCAUGUGCAGAAUUUUCAAAAACAUGAGAAUGGAAGCUAUUGUAUCUCAUCACUGCAGCCCAUCAGCCCCAUGGCAUGCAGUUUUGAAUGCAAAUGAUCUUGUACCUAUGUGUGUGGUUUAAGUGGUAAUUCAGCUAUUUUAAUAAAGUUGCGGGAGUCUCCUGUGGUCUGGAGGGAGGGUGAUCUCUACAAUUCUAAACUUGGAGAGACUGUAUGUUUUUUCCUUGAGAAAUAGCUGACUAGUGAGUUAACGAAGGAAGCUGAAGAAUAAUGUGGAAGCGUUGACUAAUAGAAAUCUGAGCAACCAGGCCACCUCACUUCACUUCUUGACUAUGUUUGUUUUUUUUAAUAAAAAAAUCAUUCCAGAAAGAGGGAUUUAGGGGUGAAGUGACAGUGCAGUCAAAGUGAGGAUAUGGUAUUAUGCAAUAGUGUUUCUGCACCUCCUAGAUCAAAUAGUGGAGGAUCUCAUCAGAUGAGAUUGCUUUGCAUAGUGAGAUGCAUUCCUGGUACAACAUGAGAUUACAACCUCAUUUUUUAAAAAAAUCGUUCCAGUUCAGUGUUAAUUUCGCAAUUUUCUGACGAUCACUAUUGGUGCAUAAAAUGUGGAAGUGUUGCUGACAUUUUUGCUGAGUGCUUGCCUAAUAUGGUAAAGGCAUGGUGUUAACUUAAGUAAUCAGAACUGAUUUGUGAUUUGCCUGAGCUGUUGGAUUCUGGAGAGCAAAUAUUUGCUCAAGUUCUGAAUUUACACAAUUGCCAAUGGGUUCAUUUGGUAAUCUGGUCAUUAACUAGAUCUUUUAUGUUUUAUUCUUUAGUUGUCCAGCUGAAGUUGAAUUUAGCAAAGGGAUGGAUCAUUGGCUCUUGGCUUUAGCUGUUACAGCUGCAAAGCUUUACGCUGCCACUUACUGCUUCCAUUUUAAAUUGAGCAAUAGAAUCAUUAGUUGUGUUGGAAAUUGAGACUAAUUCCACACUGCAGCAUUGUAUAACUGUUUUAAGGUUGGAAUUUUCUUAAUGGCAGGUGGUGGUAUGUGCUGUAUAGAGACAACCUUCUUUACAGUGCGACCUUACAGAAAGCUGAAUAAAUUAUUGCCAUUUUUAAAGUGACAGCACCCACUUUCUGGCCAACUUAAUGCCAGAUCUGAGGUGUUGCUGUUUGAAAUCCAACAUGAUCACCACAGCCAUCCAUGUGCAACUCAUUGAGGUAUUUUUAGAUCUUAAAUAGAAGAUGUUUAAAAAUGUUCUGUUCUUCAGGCUUUAACGUAUUUUGUUAAGGGAAAUGAAGUAGCGACGUGCUAACAAAACACUGACCACUUUGAGUUGUGAAUUUAAAUUGGAUUCAAAUGAACAAUGUCUUGGAAUGUUGAUUGGAACUGUCAGCAAAACUUUUGAACCUCCUGCUGUGAAAAAGCUCUUCAGCCUUAAUUCUAAAGUACGAUUCCUGCCUACAUUUUUGAUGCUUGAAACGUCCAAGUUCCAUAGGUUUCACUGGAACAAAGUCUAGAUUUCUCCCCUAGUCCUUCCUUUCCCCCAUGGGGAAAGAAAACUUAGCAGCGUAAAUGAAACAAUUUGAUUCCAGGGUAUGGAUAAUCAACUGGACCUACAUUUGGAAUCCAUGUUAUGGGUCAGGUAAGUCAAGAGCCUGGUAAGGGAAUCUGAAUGCCUUGCAAUAACUGAGCUUUAGGACAAGUGUAGAAUGAAUAGACUGAGGCAAAUCAUAAUUAAGUAACCUGUAGGAGGUUGUGUGUUGGGCAAUUUUUUUGUGCAAAGGAACAUUAAUCCAAUGCGAGUUGCCAUCAAGUGGGGAAGGAAAGAGGACAGAACUGACAAAAUGAAGACAGUAACACAUAAACCUUUGUGUUGACAGAAGCACACUCUGGUUCACUGCUGAUACAAGCUUAACUUCCGAGAUAAAUAAAGGACCUUGUUGCAAUGAGCAAAUUUAAUUUGAGAUAGAGAGUGGGUGAAAGGGUUAACGUGAUCAGGAGUAAAAGCUUUUUAAAGCUACAACAUAAUCGGAGCUGAAACAUUUUUAGCAUUGUCUGAUGAAACUGCAGUUCAUUUAUUUAUGCAAGGUAAAGGCUACUUGAAGAAAAAUCAUUUUAAGUAUGUACAUAUUUUGUAAAAAGGAAAAAAAAUUAAAAAUUCAUCAGAGAUGUGCGGCCUUAAUCAUCAAGGUUAUUCUCUUUGUAAAUUAUGUAAGAGAUUGAAGUCUUUAGUUAUUAAGGAUGUGACUUUUGACAGACACUCACUCUAGUCAGUGCCGCUGCCUGUGGAAGGGAUGAUACAUUUCAAUAAUGGGAGUGGUUGGAAUGUAUGCAGAUAUAUGUAGAACUAAUUUUCUUUGCUUUUUUCUCCCCCCUCAGUAGUGUCUUUUGUUUUUCCUACACCUGGAAAUGAGAAUCAAGUUGCAAACAAACCUGGUCCAGUCAGUUUACAGUGAGGUCUGUAUGGUUGCAUGGCACAAUGUCAGAGUUGGUUCCCUGUUCCUGAACUGAUGUAUAAUAAAUUUUCUUCCUUCUGUGUGGUGCCUGUGUACACCACAUCUAGUGGGACUAUCUAAAGAUUCGAUGCAUAUAAACCUGUGAUUUAAAAGUUUGCUUUUCUUAAUCUCUGACCAUUCCCAUUUGUACUUUUGUGGAAAUAUAAGUUAAAUUUCUUUUCCUAAAAAAAGUCUUAACAUUUGUUUUUUUUUUCUCUUCAAAUUUUAACCACUGAGUAAGAGUAAAGGCAGGCUGUCAGCUGUCUGUCUCAUUCCUCAGUGCCAAGGUGGGUUGGGCAUUUUAUUGCUGCUGAGAGUCCAUACAGGCCUUACUAAUGAGAAAUAACCUGAUUUGUGUUUCAGCUUUGAAAGAAUGUGUUACAUUUAAAUGUUACGUUUGGUAAAUAAGUUGAAAUCUUGUUCAAUCCCUUUAUAUAUAAACUUGUGUUGUACAUACUGUAUUCCAAUUAUAUUGUAAUCUGUGCUAAUAUUCUCAAACACUGAGUGUUCAUAAUAUAAUGCCAAUGUAUUAAAUAGUGGAGUAUUUCCUUUA